AUUUGCUUUUUGAAUGCCGAGGAAUGUGUGGGACGCGUACUGAUGGACGAACACUUCUUCGUCGAGGCGUUCGUUUGAGGCAAUACGGUCACCGUAUGAGUUUUGAGGAUGCGAUAAUGCAAAGUUUCCCGCUUAAUUUUUGUUUUGUUUUUGUUGUCGUUUCAGUUUCUUCAACUUAACCAUAAACUCAGAACGUAGAACUUUUGUGAUGUGUGUUUUAAAUUUGUUUUCAUAAUUUAUUUAUGGUAUGUUAAAUGUAGAUCAGAUAAAUGUCAAUUUUUAAAAAGUGAUAUUGUUUGAAUUUUAGCUGUAAUAAUAUUGAUUCAACAGUGUCGUAAACAUCUAACCUACAAAUUUCUUUUAAUUUGGUUUGGAAGAUGCUUUGGGAAGAGGACAGUGCUGACGCUGGCGGUGAUGAUGACGUGCUGUCUCCCAACGAGUUGGUCGGCCUGCUGACUGAGGGGUGGAUGAACGAGCGGCUCAGUCCCGAGCUGAUGACCCACCUGGGCGAAUACGCCGACUGCAUGAUGGAGCAGGUCUCUCAGAUGGAGGAGAAUCUCCACCAGCUGGAGAAGAGUGACAUUCGACGUGGCAUUCAUCGUUUUGAGCUGCAAAGGAUGCAGUUCCUACUCAAUAACUACCUGCGCACUCGUGUCGAUAAAAUCGAAAUGAACGCUGUUAAAAUCCUUGAAGAAGAUGAUGCUAUCGGCCAGUGUCUGUUGUCAGUGGGUGAACGAAAAUUUGCCAAUGAAUACGUAAACCAUUGCAACAAACUUUUGUCCUCUGUGACUAGUAAAAUUCCCACGUAUGCUGGUGGAUUCAAGUUGCAGGAUGCCAUGCUGGAGCCAGAUCUUGAUACACCAGUAUUCAUUAAAGUAAAGAAAGAGUCAACCGUUAUGGUUCCAGACUACGUGGAAGGUCGAGAAGAAGAAGUCGUAUUAGAAGAGAAUACUCAACACAUUCUACCUUACCAGUGCGUUUUUCAUCUUCUUAAGAAUGGAGAUAUACAGCUUAUAUGAACUCUCUGGUAUUUAUUCAUCCAUGGAAUACUAGAUUACCAUCUUAUGCCAUUGUGAUAAUUCAUUUUUUAGGUAAAAAUAGAAUUGGAAAUUCUGUUUUAAAUCAUGUUUAACAUUUAUUUGAUUAAAUAUAGUACAUCUUAUUUGUAA